AUGACAACAAGUCAAAACGAGCAGACUGAAAGACCGAAAACGAGAGGAUAUGGCGGAUUAGUGACACUGGGGAUUGUUGGAAGCGCCGCUGUAGCUAUUAAUGUGCUCGCUGUCCCAUUUCUGACACCAGCAGUCAGAAAGCUAGGAAUACCCUACGUCCCUGCCACACACAGACAACUGGUAUGCAUUCUAUCUCGUCUGAAGAAAAACAGUAAGCGGCAACACUCUUCAAUGGUAGACCUUGGCAGUGGUGAUGGUCGAAUCGUAAUUGCUGCUGCAAAGAGAGGAUUCCAGGCGAUGGGCAUUGAAUUGAACUUGUGGUUGGUGUUAUUUUCACGAGCCAGAGCGAUCUUACAAGGCGUUAGUCAUCUGGCAACGUUUAAAAGACAAGAUAUGUGGAAGGCUGAUUUGUCUAAGUUUGACAAUGUUGUGGUGUUUGGAGUUGAUGAGGUUAUGGGUCUGAUGGAGGAGAAAGUUAAGUCUGAUGUAUGUCCAGGCACUAGAGUCAUUGUGUCUCGCUUUAGACUUCCAAAUACUAAUCACAAGGAGCAGAUAGAGACUGGCAGUGGAACUGUGUGGGUUUAUGAGUUGUAGCAAAUUUGGUAGCAAAACAAACACCAAUCAAAAUGUUAAUUUUAUUGGAUUGAUGAGUUCUUAUUUUGCAAAGAUAUUUCUAUUGUAGCUGCAAGUAAUUUCAUGAUUUUGUCUAGACAAAUUUGUCACAAUUAUGAAAACAUUGAAAUAACUAACCAGGAACAAAUGUUGACCACUGAUGUAGAAUAAGGUAUCAUGCAAAGACUAAGCUGUUGGAAAGACCAAUGUGAUAUAUAGU